CUUGGUUGUAUGGAUAUUGUUCCCUUUGGCUUCCCUAAAAAGGAAGAAAGUUAAAAAAUAAUACUUUCAGUUUAUUAGAACCUUUAGUUUUUUUAAAAUAAGUCAUUCAUCACAAGAGUAGAAGAUUUUACUAUAAACAUAAAAAUGGUGUAUCUACACUUUCCUUCUAAUUUAACAGAAGAGGAACUAAUGCUUCAAGCAAAGUAUCAAAAAUUAAAAAAGAAGAAGAAGGCUCUCCAGGCUCUCAAGGCACCUAAACAAGAACCAGAAAAACCUAUACUACCUAAACGGCCUACAGAAGCCCGCGAUGCACGUGAAAUCGCUCGGAAAUUAAUAAAAAGUGGAGCAAUUCAGGCUAUUAAAAGCCCUCCUCCACCACCUCAAAACGCUACUUUCAAGCGUCCUCGAGCAGGAAGAGAAAGGAAGCUUAGUGGUUCUGCCGGAGUGACAGGUGGUGUUGCUUCAUACCAACCCUUUAGUGCGUCACAGGAGCCUCCACCACCAGAGGAGAAACCUUCUCCUCGAGUCAAAUAUCUUUAUGAUUCCUUUGUGACUGCUCGUGAUAAGGAAGAAAAAGGACCACGCAACACUAAUACUGGAGGAGAAGUGCCAAAUACAGCUGUAAUUAAAAGUUGCACAUUGCAAGUAGCAGGCACUAGAAUAACAGAGGAAGUUAUUAGACGCCGAUUAGCCACAUUUGAACCAUUCACUUAUGCUCAAGAUAAUGAUGAGGACAGAGUAUUCUUAACCUUUGAAACACCAGAGAUAGCAGUUCAUGCUCAAACUGCCCUGGAAGGCAAUGAAGAAGGCUGGCGAAUGACAUUGGUCCGUAGACCACCCCCAGCAGGUGCUUGGACACCAUCCCCGUCGCCACGUAACCCGCCACCACCUAAAGAUGCAAAACGUACCUUACUAACAUAUGAUGAUAUGUUUGACUAAAUUAAAUUAUUCUUGUUAGACUUAAUUGAUAUUUUUGACAAACCUGUCUUAAAAAAAUCAUAAAUUAAAAAUGAGUGCCUAAUUUGCUCCCCCCCCUGCAAUAAUGCCGAGCCUUUAUUUAGCAAUUAAAAUGGGUGGGAGCCUUUAUGAAGCGUCAGUAUGAAUGCGGCUGCGCCGCGCUGCGGGAAAUUGACUGCGCUCUACUCACGCUCAGUCAAUCCUGAUGCUUACAAUUUUAGUUAUAACUUUCAAUAAAGCAAAAAAUUUUAAACGGAGAGUGGGAAGCUAGAAAGAGAAAGGCGUGCUUUUUAUAAAUUGAAAUUAUUUAUUUAAAAUAAUAUUCUUCUAAUCUAAUGUAUAUAACUUAGUAUGUUCUUAUUUUUGUACAUAAAUACUUAGUGGUAGUUUUUAUUGAUAUUAUGAUUACAUUGGUAUGGCCAAAAAGCGCCGGAUACCCGACCCCACAGGGGGUGAAAAAUUGUUACAACGUGCUCCUUUCGGAUUUCGAGUAUGAGGAAAAUAGUAAAAAAUACGAUGUCCAUAAGGCUCCACGAUACUCCCGUAGAUAUUCAGAAAACUCCAAGAUACCCGAAUUUAUAGUGUUUCUUUCUAAUGUCGAUUUUACGCCGUUUUCUGAUAGGGGUCUUUUAGUGGUCUCUAAUGCUAUCAGAACGCAUUGCGUCUCUGGUGUUCUACAUCUGAGACCCAUAAACAUAUAAUGAUUCAAAGUUGUAAGCGUCAUAAUAUGUACACGUAUCCACGCAACCUCUGAGGUAAGAUAGAAGAUACUUUUUAGGAUUCCGUAGUCCUGACUAGGAACCCGUAUAGUUUCGUCAUGUCAGUCAGUCCGGCGUCCCCGGUUUUGCUUGGAGACUAUUAGCACUAGAGAGCUGUAAUUUUGUGGAGAUAUGUAUAUCCAUGACCCUGACAAAAUGUUAAAAACUAAUUUUGAAAAAAAUAGGGGUUAAUUUUUUGAUUUAGGGGUUCCGUUUGCGAAAUUUGAAAUUUCGUUGAAUGUCUUAAAGUUGUCAUAUAUACAGGGCCGUCUUUAACCUAUUGGAGGUCCUGGAUAUAUUAGGAUAAUGGGGCCCCUAUGACUUUGAUGAGGAUUAUGACUUGAAAUGGAGCGAAUCAUACUGAUGAGAGUACUACUGAUGAUUUUUCUUUAAAAUGUGUAUGUGCUUAGUAUAUCAUUAUAUGUAUAUUCAUCAUUAUAUCAUUAUAUGAAGUCGGAAAGCCUAAUUUUUUGGCAAGAAUAGAAUAGCUUUAGUUAAGUAAAGCUAGUAAGUUGGUAUAGUAUUUAGGCCGAAUCGAUCGACGGGUGACCUUCUAGCGUACAUGACACACAUCUGGGGUGAAGCUAUAGACAAGCGGGGAGAGUCUCUGGCUGUUAGCCUUGACAUCGCCAAGGCUUUGACAGGAUCUGGCACAAAAGCCUUCUCUCCAAGCUUCCUGCAUACGGUCUGCCUGCUCAGCUCUGCGUAGCUGACUUCCUGCAUGAGCGUAGAAUUCGCGUCCUUACGGACGGAUGUAGUUCGCAGUUCAUGUCAGUGAAUGCCGGUGUUCCUCAGGGCUCCAUUCUAUCCCCCACACUCUUUCUGCUGCAUAUCAAUGAUUUGAUUCCACUUGCGAAUAUUCAUUGCUAUGCAGACGAUAGCACAGUGCAUGCGAGAUACUUUGGACACGCGGCGGCUGGCGGCUGGACAGGUAGAAACCAUGGAGAAACGGGAGAAUCUUGUCGUUGAGCUCAAUCGGGCUUUGGACCACAUUUCCGAAUGGGGUACCAGGAACUUGGUUGAGUUCAAUGCCAAGAAAACUCAGGCUUGCUCUUUCACGUCAAAAACAUCGCCAUUCCUUCCCCUUCCCUCUCUUCAGGGCACAACACUGGCGCUACAGAGCUAUAUUACCAUGCUCGGUAUGGAAGUUCGCUCAGACCUGAACCUUGAAACCUUGAUCAAAACUGCUUCACGCAAACUCGGAGUCCUGAACAAGGUGCGGCGUUUUUUCACGCCCGAUCAACUGUGCUUGUUGUACAAAACGCAAGUGCGGUCCUGCGUGGAAUAUUGCUCGCACCUCUGGGAUGGCUCCGCUAAGUACUUACUCGAUGCCUUGGAUAGGUUGCAGCGGCGCGCUGCCCGCAUCAUUGGCGAUGAAGAGGUAACUAAGAAACUCGAGUCUCUACAAUUACACCGUGAUGUGGCAUCAUUAAGCGCAUUCUACCGACUAUACCACGGCGGGUGUUCUGAGGAGCUAUUCUCGCUUAUUCCUCCAUCACCUUUUCUUCAGAGGACCACGCGGCAACGUAGGCCGUUGCCACCGACUUACUGUGGCCACUAUUCCUACACGAACAAAGAAAUUUGACGACUCAUUUCUUUGUCGUACUAUUCGUAAGUGGAAUUCUUUACCCGCGCACGUGUUCCCUCCUUUCUAUAAUCUAGGGUCCUUUAAGAGAGGCGUGAAGAAGCAUUUUUGCGGGCCGGCAAGGUGAGAAUGGUUGGUGUAGCAGUUUAUAACUGCUGUAACAGCUAUCUUCGCGUUUGGAUUUUAUCACCACUUAACAUCAGGUGGGGUAGUCAUUUGCCUACCUAGUUGUAAAAAAAUAGUAAAUAAAAUUUAGGUUCGAUUUCAUCGAAUUAUAUAAGUUUUUUGGUAAUAAAUAUUGGUUAUCGUUUGGUGAUCUGACAGGAACUAGGGACUUUGUAUUUGAUCUGAGGGAGGCCCCUAUUGGUCGCGGGGCCCUGGGCACUUGCCCAAAGUGCCCACUGGGAAAGAGGGGUCUGCAUAUAUAUAAGUGAUAAAACGUACCACGAACUCAACCAGCCUACUGUGUCGACUGAGAUCAGUAAAGUUGAAUGGGUCCUGGACCUCUACCGCAGAGAGCUACACGCAAGUGGCGCUGCGAGGCAAAUCGCGGGCACUCGGUCAGAAGAUGAAUAGGGCUUUGUGGAGUAAUGGAGUCACAAGAGCAAGAAUCCGUUGAAGUUAUUAAGAAUCGAUGAAGGUUCUAGAAUUACUUUUUUUGAAAGCUUAAGCACAUUAUUCGCACAGUUAUACGUAUGUAUGUUUUAAUGUAAGUUAAAAUACCAUUGAAAAAUAUUUUAACUAAUAUGACAGCAACAGAGAUGUAUAUACGAGACGUACUUUUGCUUAAUAUGACAAUCCUUAUAUCUCAGGAACGAUGGAUUUUAGGUAAAAAAAUAUUUCUACCUUUUUUAUAGAUAAUUCAAUGACCUUUUUUUUCUAAUAUAAUUUUACGAUGAACUUACCGUUUUGAUGAAAAUAGCGAAUAAACGAGUGUGCUUAUGACCACACGACUGAAGUGGAACUUCUUUAGCUCCAUCUGUAUGUAUGUAUAUAUAUAUAUAUAUAUAUAUGUGUAUGUGUACAAUAUAUACAUGUAUGUUUAUACAUAUUUCAUUUACUAGAUAUAAGAAAAAGAGAGAAAGAAAAUGUGCGCGCGCACUGCUUUCUCUUGCUUAUAUACCCCACUCAACUUCCGUUCGCCUCACCUGAACACAUAAUUUUUCGUAACGCGUAAAUUUUUAGACUAAAAAUUAUAAGAAAUGCCAAUAAUAUAUAUCUUUUUAAACUAAAUUUAAUUUUUUCGUAUUCAUAGACUCGGUUUUAUUGUCGUAAGCAAUUAAAUAAAUCAAUGUUUAUUUUAAGAAAAAGAGCUAGCAAUUUUCUAUGAAAUUUAAAAUUUCAUUCUGAUAGCUACAAAGCAAACUUUUUUUUAAAUAAAAGUAUGUUUUUUUUAUGUCAAUUAGGUAUAAGCCAUAGAUGAAUGAUUAGUGUCGCUUCACAGCGAAACCAAUCAUUCAUCUAUGGUAUAAGCUUACAUUUAGAUUAAAACAAAAAAGGGUAUCAGGAAUCAAAAUCUGGUACAGAGAACUCAGACUUAAAAUUUGUGUUCACUAAUUUUGACCUUAAGAAAAGUUUACUAGAAAAAAUUCCACGCGGACCAGGCAGCAGAAGGGACGGGAUACCUGGUCCGCGUGGAAUAUUUUCUAGUAAACUUUUCUUUAGAUUUAAACAUCUAGCAGAGGAAUGCUUAUAUUAUUUUAAUUUUUUAAGCAUGUAACUGUUUCAUGUUUAAAUCUAAAGAAAAUAUAACUAGAAAAAAUUUCACGCGGACCAAACGCAGACAGGACUCGAACCCAAGGCAGCGCCAUCUUUUAUAAUGCCAAGAGAUGGCGUUGCCUUGUAGCUUAAAAAUGGCUAGAAGAAUUUCGACCCGGCCGUCAGGGCCGCGGUAGCAUAAUUGAUCAGUGCAUUCGCUCGGAUAGCGAAGGGUGCGGGUUCGAGCCCCGUCUGCUGCCUGGCCCGCGUGGAUUUUUUCCAAUGUAAUCUUUCUUAAUAUAGAUAAUUAUGAGAGUAGGUGUAAAUGAUAAAUUUAUACAUAAGCUUAUUUUUUUCAAAAUAAUUAUAUAGUAGUGUAGCGUAUUUUCUAGGGGCGAGGUUUUUACCAUUAUCUAGAAGUUUCAUUAUGACGAUUUUUGUAAUUAAUACGUACUUACCAAAUGAACACAACGAUAAACAUAGAUAGAUAUGGCUGUCUGGACCAAGUUGAUUUUUUUCUAGUAAAAUUUUCUUUUGAUUUAAACACCCAGCAGUUAAAUGUUUAAAAAAUAAAAAUAGGAUAAAUAAUAACAUUAGUGUAAAGUACUAUAUACCUAUAUGUCUAGAGUAUAGUUUACUGACGAAUUGUGAUUCUUCUGCUUUUUGACGUCUGUUAAAAAUAUCAUUAUUUUCCUCAUAAUGCAUAAUUCUUUGUAAUACAUAAAUAUAUAUUAUGAUAUUCUGAAAUUAUUAUGAAAUCGAAUCGAGUCCUACGUUUCAUAGAGAGUAAGUAGGUAGGAAACUUCGUUGUUUGUGAUUAUCACCACCAGUUAGUUGAGUAACCCGUAACCGCUUAUAAAAAUGGUUAUAUUGUGAAGGCAGUCGCAUAUAAGUGUACGCUUCUGCUUGACCUUUGCAACAUUUCUGUUCAUUAUUCGUAACCGUCCGCACGGGAAACAUUUUAAUGAUUCAUUGUUCCUUGUUCUUCCGUUAAAUUAGUCGCCAAUAGGUGCUUGCACUCAUUUGACGUAUUGCAUUGUUUAUCGCGCAUCUGAACAAAAGAGUUUUGUAAUCAUGGAAUUCAGAGCAUAUGUGAUUUUUUCCAUUGUAUUGGUUGUGAGUUUAGCGCGUAAUACCGUUUGUCUACCCAAAGAUGACACAGUUGUGAAAAAAGAAAGUCUACCGGUAACACAAGAAUUUGCAGUACUAAAUGCUGAGAGGAAGCCGGAUCAAAAAGUUAUUGUUCAUGAAUCGCCUAUCCCUGGUCGUAUGUGGUGCCAGCACGAAGGCCCAGAGCCUGCCGAAGACAGAAUUUGCGAAGAACACUGCAUACCUAAAGGCUAUUCCUAUGGCCUUUGCGUCAGUAACAUGUGUAGUUGUAUUUAAAGUGACUUAUAGAAAUAUUCUCAGUGAUUGAUCUAGUCUUGAGCAUAGUUAGAAAGGGGAUGUCGCUAUAUACAGCACAUAGCGACAUCCCUUUCUCACUCUGAUCACUGAGAAUCUUUCUGUAAUACGGGCCUUAGUAUUUUUUAACUUUUUGUUGUCGUCUGUAUCGAAUAAUUGAUUUUGUGAAAGUAAAUAUAAAAAAAUAAAAAGUACGUUUUGGAUUGAUGUUGGUUUAUUAUUUUUCAUUAUGUAUCUACAAAUAAUAAUAGGUAGAGGUACCUAAUGUAUCGCUUUAAUCAAAGUAAAUCCAAGAAUGCUAUAAAAUUACAUUACACUUUUCACAACACAUAUUACAGGAGUAUUUAGACAAUAUCAUUACUUACUUAAAAUAUGAAUGGUUUCAUUGGGACACAUAAUUGUUGGUCAUUAAAUUCUAUUCCCACCACCACUGGGUUGUCGGUAAACACUAUUUAACAUAUUAAAACUCAUCUACUUGACCCUAAUAAGCAUGUACGUAAUAUAAAUUCGAAUUAUUAUUUGGAUUUUUCAGAAAAUACAACAGUUUCUAUGUGGUCUAAAGCUGGAAUUUUCAUUUUGCCUUGUAUUUCAUUGGAGAGUACGAUAUCUGCCUCUUGUUUGAUUUUAUUCCAACUGAAUUCAAUGUCUUCUUUUUUUGUAAUUCGUGAGCAGACUGCAAAUCGAAUUAUAUAUCUGCCCCUGUAACUUGCGGCUACCAUGUAAAUUUUCUUUUUCUUUGUCAAAUUUUCUAAUAGAGUUUUCGUUGCUAUGUCAUCACCCUUUAACCUGAAACAAACCAACCCCAUAGAUGGUUCGGGUUCAACCACAAAUCGAUCAUCCGUUCGCGCUAAUUUUGCAAAAUAUUGAGCUAAAUCUAUAUGGUUGCGAACAUGACUUCUCAGGCCUUCUGCUCCAUAUAUCCUUAGGACGGUCCAUAAUUUCAUAGCUCUAAAUCUUCGUCCGAGAGGAAUCUGCCAGUGGCGAUAAUCUGGGAUUUUAGUGUCUGUUUUUGUGUCAGCUAAAUAUACUCUUUGUACAUCGAAAGCUUGUAAGAGGUCGUGUCCGUUUUUCACCCACAUUGCGGAGCAAUCGAAAUUAACAUUCAUCCACUUGUGAGGAUUGAAAUCGAAAGAGUCGACGUGUUCGAUGCCUUUCAUUAAGUGUCUGUAUUCAGGGCAUAUGAAAGCUGUUCCGGCAUAAGCUGCAUCGACAUGCAACCAUACGUUAUAUUCGUUGCACAAAGGUCCAAGUUCGUAUAAAGGAUCGAAUGCGCAAGUACCAGUGGUACCUAAAUUCGCAACAGCGUAGCAUGGUAUUAAUCCUUCUGCAAUAUCUUCGUCAAAGGCUUUUUUAAGUGUUUCUUUACGUAAUCUUCCAUCGGCAUCUGAUUUUAGUAACCUCAUUUUCAUAGAACCGAGAAGGCCAGCUUUCUCGACGGAUGAAUUACAUUGGUCUGAAGUGUAAGCAACUAGCUUAGACCUUAUGACAUCUUCAUCCAGGGAUGGAUUAACUUCAGUUAUUCUACGAAUAGUUUUGUCCUUUGCUACCAGUAAGCCAACAAGAGUAGCUUCACUUGCUGAUGA